CUCGAUUACUCGAGGCCCCAGUGAUAUUGAGAGGCGGCGCUAGGCGUCCUCUGGUCCUGGGUAUUUGCGGAGGGCGGGGUCUUCUCACUUUCCCGCUUAUUGCUGGGUCCGCGGUCCGCGGCGGGAAUACGAAGAGGAGCCGGCUUCUAGGCCUACCUGGACGUUUCUCACCUCGAUUUGCCCACCGUUAUUUGGAGCAUUUCCUAAAUGUUUACGGCUGGUGUCAUUGUGUGUUUUUCGGAAACGAGCCAUAGCUGAGGAGUAACGCAACGGUGAUGUGAUUGAUGGAGGAGUGGGUUUUUUCUUCUGGCCGAGCCAUUCUCUAGCCCCCACCCUCCUCCGCCACCAUCACCGAAGGAUUUUUUACGCGCGAGUAUGAGGUGCUUGAGGAGUGGGAGACUGGCGUGUUGGGAGACGUGGAUGGCAGCCACAUGAUGUUUCCAUUUUGAAGAGUGAGCGCUUUGCGCAAUGACGACCGUAAAUCUAUCACCCUUGACUGAUGGCUGCUGUCGACACCUUGAGAUUAUAGGAAAAGCACAAGCUCUUCUGUCAGAAACUAGUGUGUUUCUUUUUCUCUUCUGUUCCUCAAGCCCCCACUCUCCUCCUCUUCUCUUCCUUUAUUCUGCGCUAACCCAUCCGGAGACCCUUCCCCUUCUCCUGCCGGCUCAGUUAUGGCGGAGAACGAUGUGGACAAUGAGCUCUUGGAUUAUGAAGAUGAUGAGGUGGAGACGGCAGCUGGGGGAGAUGGGGCUGAGGCCCCUGCCAAGAAGGAUGUCAAGGGCUCCUAUGUCUCCAUCCACAGCUCUGGCUUUCGUGACUUCUUGCUCAAGCCAGAGUUGCUCCGGGCCAUUGUUGACUGUGGCUUUGAGCAUCCAUCAGAAGUCCAGCAUGAGUGCAUCCCUCAGGCCAUCCUGGGAAUGGACGUCCUAUGCCAGGCCAAGUCAGGCAUGGGAAAGACAGCGGUGUUUGUGCUGGCUACACUGCAGCAACUGGAGCCGGUUACUGGACAGGUGUCUGUACUGGUGAUGUGUCACACUCGGGAGUUGGCUUUUCAGAUCAGCAAGGAGUAUGAGCGCUUCUCCAAAUACAUGCCCAGCGUCAAGGUUGCAGUGUUUUUUGGUGGUCUGUCUAUCAAGAAGGAUGAAGAGGUGCUGAAGAAGAACUGCCCGCAUAUUGUCGUGGGGACCCCUGGCCGCAUCCUAGCCCUGGCUCGAAAUAAGAGCCUCAACCUCAAACACAUUAAACACUUUAUCUUGGAUGAAUGCGAUAAGAUGCUUGAACAGCUCGACAUGCGUCGGGAUGUCCAGGAAAUUUUUCGCAUGACCCCCCAUGAGAAGCAGGUCAUGAUGUUCAGUGCUACCUUGAGCAAAGAGAUUCGUCCAGUCUGCCGCAAGUUCAUGCAAGACCCAAUGGAGAUCUUCGUGGAUGAUGAGACGAAGCUGACGCUGCAUGGAUUGCAGCAGUACUACGUGAAACUGAAGGACAACGAGAAGAACCGGAAGCUCUUUGACCUUCUGGAUGUCCUUGAAUUCAACCAGGUGGUGAUAUUUGUGAAGUCUGUGCAGCGUUGCAUUGCCCUGGCCCAGCUCCUGGUGGAGCAGAACUUCCCAGCCAUUGCUAUCCACCGUGGGAUGCCCCAAGAAGAGAGGCUUUCUCGGUAUCAGCAGUUUAAAGAUUUUCAACGACGGAUUCUCGUGGCUACCAACUUGUUUGGCCGAGGCAUGGACAUCGAGCGGGUGAACAUUGCCUUUAACUACGACAUGCCUGAGGAUUCAGAUACCUACCUGCAUCGGGUGGCCAGAGCAGGCCGGUUUGGCACCAAGGGCUUGGCCAUCACAUUUGUGUCAGAUGAGAAUGAUGCCAAGAUCCUCAAUGAUGUGCAGGAUCGCUUUGAAGUCAAUAUAAGUGAGCUGCCUGAUGAGAUAGACAUCUCCUCCUACAUUGAACAGACACGGUAGAGGACUCACCCACCCGUUGUGGAAUGUGACAGUUCCUCUUCAGGAGACCGCACCAGGCGUGGGGUGAAGGAGACACUACUGCUACCGACCCCGGGCACCCCGUCCCCCGCCCCGUGACUUCCCCUGGCAUCACCACCACUCCUGAACCCCAUUUCCCCAAUUUGUCGGAAAUUUUUUUUUUUUUUUUUUUUAACAAAACUAAAAAACUCA